UCCGUUCGGAGUCCGCCAUUUUUUGUCCCGAUCACACCGCGCGCCGGACAGCUCCGUCGAAAAUGGCCCAAAACUCGUCCAAUUCCGAGGGAAAACUCCCCGUUCCCGACAUCAGGACCACCCCGAUGAAGCCAAGAAGGUCUAGUUUCAGUCCUGGAAGCCCUGGCUUCAGCGAUUUCAUGGUGUACCCCUGGAAGUGGGGCGAGACAGCGCAGAGUGUUACUCUCAGCCCCGGGAGUUCGGUGGAGGGGUCCCCGCCCGGCCGAGGGGCGCGGCACGAUACGACACGACGAGGCCGACCGAGAGCCGACAGUAUCACCCAACUCAUCCAAGAAGGGCAGAUGGCUCCUAGUGGCAUCCGCUGCCAAACCUGCCAUCGCACUUUUCCAAGAGAAAAAUCCCUACAAGCUCAUCUCAGAACACACACAGGCGAGCGUCCGUACCGUUGUGACUACCCUGAUUGUAACAAGGCCUUCGUGCAGAGUGGACAACUGAAGACCCACCAGAGGCUGCACACGGGGGAGAAACCGUUCGUCUGUAACGUACCAGGAUGCAACAGUCGCUUCACCCACGCUAACCGGCACUGCGCAGAACACCCGUACGCCGGGCUGCGGAGGGAACAGACUCCGACCUUAGACCUCAAGGUCAAGGACGCAGAGAACAACAAAGCAGUGGCAGAAUGGCUCGCUAGGUACAUUGCAGCCAGACAGGAAGACAAGACGCCGUCCAAACAGAAGGACCAAGAGUCCAGGCAACCACCGGAGGCUCCGCAGAAAUCCACCACAGACGAGACGGAGCGGAAGCAGGCGCGCGUCGCAGCACGGAGGCGAAUCCAGGAGCAGCGAGACAAGUGGUACGGAGCGCUCGCGUUGGUGGAGCUCGCUGACAACCUGAUGCAGCAAGAUUCGGCAAAGUCGGAGGAAGACGAGUACCAAUAUGUGGAGAAGAGGGAUGCACAGGUUCAAACGGGAGAGCAGCAGCAGAACCAUCCAUACUACAUUCCUUUGUAAAUAAAUUCUGCUGAAUGAAAGGACUUCUAGUGUGAACUGCAGCAAAAAAACAAAUGCCAGUUUUACUUCUAACUCUGCUUUAAUAGAAAACAAAGGAUAGCUUGAAAACCAUCCAUACUA